CUCAGUUGUUGAUGUGACGGUGGUCGGGAUGGUCACGGCGCGCGUCUCUCACAUCCCCGGCGCCUUUUUAUUGAAUAUGCGGCCGUGUUGAUACUGCAAAAUCCCACUAUUUCUGUGUCGGUUAGCGUGGUGUGGCUGCAGGCAGGGGAGUGGCGGCAGCAGCAGCAGCAGCAACACCAGCAACCACCACACACAGGAGGACCCCCCUGCCCCCACCACACCCGCCCCCACCACCACCACCACCAGCGCAGCCAUGAACGGGUCCUUGGGGGAGCGGGUGGCGGUGCUGGAUGCUGGAGCUCAGUAUGGAAAGGUGAUCGACAGACGCAUCAGAGAGCUUAGUGUUGAGAGUGACAUCUUGCCGCUGGACACCCCUGCGUAUACACUCAAGGAGAAGGGCUACAGAGCUAUCGUCAUCUCCGGGGGCCCCAACUCUGUGUAUGCUGAGGAUGCACCGCGUUACGACUCAGACAUAUUUAAGAUUAAUGUUCCUGUGUUAGGCAUCUGUUACGGCAUGCAGCUGAUCAACAAGGAGUUUGGGGGCACAGUGCUGCGGAAGGCUGCUCGGGAGGAUGGCCAGUAUACUAUUGAGGUGGACAACUACUGCCACAUCUUCAAGUACAUGGGCGUGAAGCAAGAGGUGCUGCUGACUCACGGGGACAGCAUAGACAAGGUGGCCGAGGGGUUCAAGGUUGUGGCCACAUCGGGGAACCUUAUUGCUGCUAUCGCCAAUGACAAACUGCGACUUUAUGGCUUACAGUUCCAUCCAGAGGUGGAUUUGACAGAACAAGGUCUUACAAUGAUGAAAAACUUCUUGUACGAGAUCAGCGGACUGUCUGGCACCUACACCCUUCAGAGCAGAGAGUUGCAGUGUAUAAACUAUAUCAAGGAACAUGUGGGCUCUAAUAAGGUUCUGAUGCUAGUGAGUGGAGGGGUGGACUCAACAGUGUGUGCUGCCCUGCUCCACAAGGCCCUGUCAGAGGAGCAGGUGAUAGCAGUCCACAUAGACAAUGGAUUUAUGCGGAAGAACGAGAGUCUACAGGUGGAACAGUCACUUAGGAGGCUGGGACUUAAGCUGAAAGUGAUCAACGCCAGACACCAGUUCUACGACGGGGUGACCAGCAUCCCGGUGGACCCCAGCGACCCCAUGGGCAGGAAACGGGUCACCAAUCUGCUCUGUAUGACCUUCAGCCCGGAGGAGAAGAGGAAGAUCAUUGGCGAUACUUUUAUUAAGGUAGCCAACGAGGUAAUAGAAGAGAUGAACCUACGUGCCGAGGAGGUGAUGCUGGGUCAGGGCACACUGCGACCUGACCUCAUUGAGUCCGCCUCAUCUCUGGUGUCAGGGGCAGCGCAGACCAUUAAGACCCACCACAACGACACUGACCUUGUGCGCCUCUUAAGGGUUCAGGGCCGCGUUGUUGAGCCUCUCAGGGAUUUCCACAAGGAUGAGGUGCGUCAGAUUGGCCGAGACCUUGGGCUUCUAGAUGAGUUUGUGCAGCGCCACCCGUUCCCCGGCCCCGGUCUGGCCAUCAGGGUGGUGUGUGCCGACGAGCCCUUCAUGGAGCGAGACUUCUCCGAGACACAAGUCAUCCUCAAGGUGGUGGUGGACUAUGCUGCCAGUGUGCAGAAGAAACAUGGGCUGCUGAUCCGCAUAGAUAACUGCACCACAGAGGAUGAGAGACAGGAACUCCAGCGCAUUUCACUCACACAGACCCUCACUGCCACCCUUCUGCCUAUCAAGUCUGUCGGCGUGCAGGGUGACUGUCGGACCUACAGUUAUGUGGCAGUGCUCUCCAGCGAUGCCGACCCCGUGUGGAGUGACCUGCUGAUCCUUGCCAGGCUCAUUCCCAAGAUUUGCCACAAUAUCAACAGGGUGUGCUUUGUGUUUGGGGGCACAGUCAAGGAGCAGGUGCACGACAUCACCCAGACCAACCUCACCCCCGGAGUCUUGGCUACGCUGCGCCAGGCCGACUUCCUCGCCAACCAGGUCCUCGCAGAAUCCAGCUUUAUGGAGAAGAUUGCGCAGAUGCCAGUAGUGGUAGUCCCAGUACACUUCGACAGGGACCCCGUGGCGCGUCUGCCGUCCUGCCAGCGGUCUGUGGUGCUGCGGCCCUUCAUCACACACGACUUUAUGACUGGUAUCCCUGCCCUCCCUGGCAAGCACAUCCCUGUUGAGCUGAUCAACAAGAUGGUGGCCGAGAUCUUGUCUGUACCAGGUGUGUGUCGAGUAAUGUACGACCUGACCUCCAAGCCCCCAGGCACGACUGAGUGGGAGUGACCUUGCCUUGGGGCGGGGCGGGGGGGAGGAGGAAGAAGAGGAAAAGGAGGAGGAAGAGGAGGUGCCCCAGAUCACCCCACAAUGCACCAGAAGCUACAUUUAAGAUCAAACUUGCAGCCCUCAGGUGUGUGUGCGCGUGUGUAUGUGUCUGUGUGUGUGUGCGUUUGACUACACCUGCUGCUGGUUAUGGUGUGUGUGUGUGUAGUGUGUGUGUGUAUGUGUGCGUGGGUGCUUUCGUCAGGUUUGGGGGAAUGUUAAUGUCUGGGGCUGGCUCACACAAACACACACACACACACACACACACACACACACACACACACACACACACACACACACACACACACACACACACCAUUAUUUGUAUAUUUAUUCACUUAUUUAAUGUAGGAAUCCGCGGUGAACCAGAGAGAGGAAAAUGGCAACAACAACCACUCGGAGAGGCAGACCAGUAAUUAUAAUAUAUCUCACCAAAUGAGACGGUUUUAUGAGACAAUACUUGUUUUAUAGAUCCAGACCACACCACAGGGAACACCAGUCUCAAAUGUCCCACUACACAGGAGAUAGAAGAGGAGGAAGAAGAGAAGGA